AUGAUUGACAAGGCCCAGAAUACGACUGGAACCGGACAACCUUCUGAUCUCGUUGGCUGGAUGCCUGAGACAUCUGGUCGUGGCACACUGACACUUCUCGCUAGUUGUCUAGCCACCAUUAUGCUCUGUACUUGGAUCGUCAUCCACCCCCGUAUCUGCAAACGCAAGAAGCAUCGUAUCCUACACAAAUUGGCCUUAUGGUUAAAAACAAUCGUUGCGCCCGAAUUCAUUGCUGUCGAGGCCGCCCAAGAAUGGACUCAAGCUCGGAAAGUAGCUAAACAAUGUUCGGCAACAACCAAUGGAGAACUCGAUAUAGUCCAGGCUUUCUACAUUGGCAUGUUUGGGCUACAGUACCGGACCUCGCACGGUACUAAGAUCAUCUGGCCUAGUCAAUUCAUCUGGCUGCUAGAGCAAAGAUUGCUCGAUUGGAAGGACCACGCCGAUUGGGGACUAUCUGUCGAGGCCAUAAAGGACAAAAGCAAUUCGGACACGACCGGAAAAGUCUUUGCUGCUUCACAGGUCGUUUGGUUUGUCGCACAAUCCAUCAUGCGAGUUGUACAUGAUUUACCACUCUCACCACUGGAGGCAAUGACUUUGAGCUAUGUUCCACUGUUCGCUGUUACAUACUACUAUUGGUGGACCAAACCGCGAGAUAUCGAGUUACCUUCGGAGAUCUGCUUGCCUUAUAUGACGUCUGAACAAGUGGUUGUUUUCGAUUCUCUGGCGCUCGACGAUCAAUUUGAUGACGAAGGAACCAGUGAGCAGGAAUCAGUCUGGGGCAUAUGGGCUCUAACGCCUCGACUAUUUGANAAAGAAGCGUUGGAUAGAGCACAUAAGAGAAAGAAGCAAGAGCAAUACCCUCAGGAGCGACUCACUGUCCACAACAGCCUGCCUCUAUCGGCCACGAAACAUGUACGUUUACACCAUGUCGACUCUCGGACAGAGCAAGAGACCAUACUCGCUCACUGGGACCCCGAAUUGUACCACUCGAGAAUUCUGUGGCCGCUUUGUUGCCUCGCCGGUGUCUCAUUUCCGGCUCUACACCUCAUAUCUUGGAACUCUGCUUUCCCCACCUUGAUCGAAACCUGGCUCUGGCGGACUGCAACAAUAGCUUCAAUGAUUUCUAUGCUGCUGUUCAUGCAGUUCGAACGACUUGUUGUGAAAUGGUGUGAUCCAUGGACAAUUGUAAAGAUACUUUUGCCUUCUACGUACUUGGUCGGGAGACUGGUUUUGCUUGUAGGCACUUUUGCAGCCCUUAGAGCCAUGGAUCCAGCUAUUUACGAGACGUACACUGCUUCGACGUACUGGAUCCACAUCAUGUAA